AUGGUUUAUCAAUCCGAAUUUCACCAUGAUGAUGAUGAUGAUGAUAUCAACAAUGAAGGUGAAUUCGAGGAUAUCGUAAACGAAAAUGAAGGUUUUACUGAGGCAAGUGAAUCAAAAUUGUUUGACGAAAAUGUUAAGUCUAAUGAAGAGGCUUAUGAGUUGUAUAAUAGUUAUGCCUUUAAACACGAUUUUGGUAUACGUAAGGAUAAGUUGAAUCGUAGAGAAGACAAAGUUACAAUUCGAAAACGCUUUUUUGUAUGUUCUUUUGCUGGCUUUAAACAAGAGAAGAAACCUGGUGAAAAACCAAAAGUUUACCAAAAGAGGAAUUUUUGCACAGGUUGCAAGGCUUAUAUUCAAUUUGAUGUUGAUAAGAAUUCUAGUUUGUUUAUCGUGGUCAAUCACAUUAUGGAUCAUAAUCACAGUAGGGUUCUUGUUUCAAAGAGACAUUUGAUUAGGUCUCAUAGGAAGGUCAGUAAGGAACAAAUUGUCAUGCUUAGCAGUUUGAUUGAGAGUAGUAUACCUAUUGCUGAUUUUGAUGGAUGUGAUGCAAAGCGACUUCUUAGCUACUCUAAGGAGAGGAAAUGCAAUGAAUAUGACUUCUAUUAUGAUUUUGAUGUUGAUGAGAAAGGUCAUUUGCAAUCUUUCUUCUUUCGUGAUAAUAGAAUGAAGCAUACUGAAUAA